GUUGGAUCUAGAAACAGCAGCAAUAUUGGAGCUUGGUCAGCAUCGUCGAUAUUUGGCAGUGCACCAACAGCUUAUGAUGCCCUGCCGCCAUCAUCUUCAAACACUCCAAUCAUCGAAGAGGACUGCGAGAUGGAGUUGACUGCCGUGCCCAAGAAGCGCGUCUCCUACACUCGCAACAGAAAGAGAAACAGCGCCAAGAAGCACGAGAACAUCCAUCAUCACACAGUCUGUCCCAAGUGCCAAUCACUCAAGCUUAGACAUCACCUCUGUAUAAACUGUCUCAGGAAG